AUGGGAUAUAUGCAACAUCGUUCAACAUCAACUCAAAAUUUCUAUCGUCGAAAAUUACCAUCAUCUUGUAUUAAUUUUGCCUCACCUGAAGGCAAGAAACUUUUCAUCGAAAGUCUUGUUAAAGGACAUGCUAACAUUUACUUCCGAUUAGCGUCACAUUUUUUGACUCAAGGCGAACCAUCAUACUGUGGCCUUUCUACUUUGGUAAUGGUACUAAAUGCAUUGGAAGUGGAUCCAGGUCGAGUAUGGAAGUCACCAUGGCGUUUCUAUCAUGAAAGUAUGCUUGAUUGUUGUAUACCACUUGAUGUCAUCAAGAAAACUGGAAUAACAUUAUCACAAUUCGCAUGUUUAGCGGAAUGCAACAAACUUUCCACCGAAUUAAAGUACGCCGAAUCAAAAUCAGAAUUCCUGAGUAUCUUCCGGGAAAAUAUAAAACGAUCUAUGACAGUUGACGAUACCAUCCUUGUGGUUAAUUAUAAUCGUCAAGUAUUGGGUCAAACUGGUACAGGUCAUUUCUCACCGUUAGGUGCUUAUCAUGAAGAAAGUGAUCAGGUUCUUAUCAUGGAUAUUGCUCGAUUCAAAUAUCCACCUCAUUGGAUAUCACUAACCAUUUUAAGAGAUGCCAUGCUUAGUGUUGAUACUACAACCGGUAAACCACGAGGUUAUCUGAUAUUAAAAUUUUGA